AUGCGUGUCCUCGCCACGAUAGCUAUUGCCACAUUGGCAGCCUCUGUUUCCGCAUACUGUCCAGAGUUUCUAUACAAUCAGACCGUGUGCUCUUGCUCAGAAUACAUUGAUGGAGCUAUCAUUCGUUGCAACGGUCCAGAAUCGCCUCACAUGGUCGAAAAACUGAAGAAAUAUCACCCAGAAAUUCGUGAAUUGGCCUUGGAGAAUGCCAACAUUCUGGAGAUUGGAGCUCGAGCUUUCGGCUCACUGAAGAUCAAGAAGCUGGUUCUGGACAACAACAGAAUCAAGGCCAUUAAUGCCAAUGCCUUCAAGGGACUCGAGAAGGUCCUUCAGGAGUUGCACAUCAACAACAACAAGCUUCCUGAUAUCCCAACCGAUGCUAUCGAGGACUUGACUGCCCUGAACAUCUUGAGUUUGAAGUGCAAUGAGAUCGGAAACUUGUCGGCUAAUGCCUUGGUUGGUUUGCCAACUCUUAUUGAGAUCAACUUGGGUUGCAACAAGGUAAGAAAACUUCUAAACGAGCCGUUAUAUAAACAAACAUCCUUACGUUUUCAUUAUAAUAUUCUAGAUUGCGAAUAUUGCCGCCGAUGCCUUUGACCAAGUGCGUGGUACCCUUCAAAACAUCAAUUUGGACAACAACCAGCUCAAGAGAAUCCCAAGCAAGGCUAUUGAGAACAUGACGUCUCUUAUCGGUCUUCAUAUGAAGUACAACAAGAUCGAAAAGCUCGAGAAACACCAACUUCAACGCCUUCCGAAUCUGGCGAUGCUUUCUUUGACCGGAAACAAGAUCAGCUCGAUUGACAAGCAAUUUGUAAACAACGUAACCACCCUCAAAUACGUCUACUUGGCCGACAACAAAGUGAAGGAUGUCAGUGCCGAGAUUCUCCGUCAAUUCGCCAGUGUCGAAAUAUUGGAUCUCAGUUACAACAACAUUGGAGAUCUCGUUGAUAGUCAGUUCAGUGUGCUCGAGAACAUCCAACACUUAAAUUUGGAAGGAAACCACAUCAAGACCAUUCAGAAGGGAGCUUUCAAUGGCACUCCAUUGCUUUUGUUGUGGCUGCCCUACAACUGUUUGAGCAACGUCAGCGCCGAUACCUUCAAAGGAAUCCCAUUCGUCAAGCACAUUUCUUUGGCCUACAACAACCUCAAAGACGUGGAGGCUUUCACGUUCGGUCAUUUGGCUAAUCUUCACACCUUGGACCUGAGCUACAACUUGUUGGAUAGCAUUCAGACCUCUUCAAUUAUGGGACCUGACUUCUUGACGACCAGAAUUCAAGGUAAGUCAUUGAACAUCAGAAAUCACUCAAAUCAAAUCGAAAAUUGCCUUAAGAAAUUAAUUUUAUCAUUUUAGAAAACCCAUUGGUAUGCAAGCAAGACGGAUUCCACGUAAUGAAUGGCCGUGAUGCCUUGAAUCUGACCAAUGAGCCAAACCUGAUUUGCAAGACUCCCACCAAGGAACAAUGCCCACAAAAAGGAAACCGUCCAGCUCCUCAGGUCUGUAACUGCAAGAAGGCUACCAAGAAGCUCGCAACCGCUGCUCCAACCACUCUUCCCACCACUACCACGGCUGUUCCUGAGACCUCCGUUCCAACCAGCGCUGCUCCCGUUAAGCCGUCCGCUGAGGAGCGCAACCUCGUGGCAGCUAUUGCCGCCGCCGCUCAGCGCCAUCAACAAAACCAGAUGCUUUCUCAACACGACCUGGACAAGGCUGCCGAGGCCGCGAGACGUUUGAAUAUGGAGAGAUUUAUGAGAUUGUCCAAGACUCCAGCUGAAGGAAUUAUCCAUCAGGCCCACCAUGAUGGAAUUAUUCGUCAGCCCACCUUCUUGGAAAGACAAAAGGGAUUGUUGGCGAGAAGUGAGCAACUUCAGCAACAAAACGCCGAGAUCUUAGCCAAGAGCAAGAGCUCCGUUGUGGCUCCCGUUGAGUUCAGCCACGACGAACAGGUGGAAACUGUUAGUCGUGAUGAGACCGUGCCCGUCGCCCAUGUUCCCAACAAGUCGUAG